CGUGCGCGCUGGGAGCAAAUCGGGCAUCCGAAAGGCCAGUCCUGGGCUGCGGGCGGGAUCCUGGCUGGUCGGCUAGUGGAUGGUAAUUGCCCACCUCGCGCGAGCAAGAAGGUAGUGUCGUGUGGCUAACGGGCAUUCGUUCUUAUAUUCUGCUACUCUGUUAAAAACUAGAAUGAAACAGUUGCCUGCAGCAACAGUUCGCCUCCUUUCAAGUUCCCAGAUAAUCACUUCAGUGGUCAGUGUUGUAAAAGAGCUCAUUGAAAACUCCUUGGAUGCCGGUGCCACAAGCAUAGAUGUUAAACUGGAGAAUUAUGGAUUUGAUAAAAUUGAGGUGCGAGACAAUGGUGAAGGUAUCAAGGCCAAUGAUGCACCUGUAAUGGCAGUGAAGUACUACACCUCAAAAAUAAAUAGUCAUGAAGAUCUUGAAAAUUUAACAACUUAUGGUUUUCGUGGAGAAGCCUUGGGGUCAAUUUGUUGUGUAGCAGAGGUUUUAAUUACAACAAGGACAGCUGCUGAUAACUUUAGCACCCAAUAUGUUUUAGAUGGCAGUGGCCACAUAAUUUCUCAAAAACCUUCACAUCUUGGACAAGGUACAACUGUGACUGUUUUAAGAUUGUUUAAGAAUCUACCUGUAAGAAAGCAAUUUUAUUCAACUGCUAAAAAAUGUAAAGAUGAAAUAAAAAAGGUUCAUGAUCUCCUCAUAAGCUAUGGUGUACUUAAACCUGACUUAAGGAUCCUUUUUAUACAUAACAAGGCAGUUAUUUGGCAGAAAACUAGAGUAUCAGAUCAUAAGAUGGCUCUCAUGUCUGUUCUUGGGACCGCUGUUAUGAGCAAUAUGGAAUUCUUUCAGUACCACUCUGAAGAAUCUCAGAUUCAUCUAACUGGAUUUCUUCCAAAGCAUGAUGCAGAUCACUCUUUCACAAGUCUUUCAACCCCAGAAAAGAGUUUCAUCUUUAUAAACAGUAGACCAAUACACCAAAAAGACAUAUUAAAGUUAAUCCGACGUUAUUACAGUCUGAAGUGCCUAAAGGAAUCUACUCGUUUGUAUCCCACUUUCUUUCUGAAAAUUGAUGUUGCUACAGCUGAUGUGGAUGUAAAUUUAACACCAGAUAAAAGUCAAGUAUUAUUACAGAAUAAGGACUCUGUUUUAAUUGCUCUUGAAAACCUGAUGACAUCUUGUUAUGGAUCACUACCUAGUACAAAUUCUUAUGAAAAUAAUAAAACAGAUGUUUCCUCAGCUGACAUGGUUGUUAGUAAAACAGCAGAAACAGAUGUGCUUUUUAAUAAGAUGGAAUCAUCUGGAAAUAAUCAUCCAAAUGUUGAUACUUCAAGCAUUCCUUUUCAAAAUGAUGUGCAUAAUGAUGAAUCUGGAAAAAACACUAAUUAUUGUUUAAAUCAUCAUAUAUGUGUUGGUGACCAUUACGAUGAUCAUUUUAGUAUUGAAAAUUCUCACAUUGAUAAGAACAAUAGAAAUACAUUUCAGGAGAUCACAGGGAGUAAUUUAUCAUGUGAGGACACCCAGAAGGAAUACAAUGAAACUUGUUUUGUAGGUUCUAUUAUGCACACCCAAUCAGAAAAUGGCAAUAAAGAGCAUGUAGAUGAGUGUGGGAAAAAUAAGGAACAAGCGGUUCCUGAUAAGUCUUUGGAAAUUUGUGCAGAUGACUGGAGCAAGGGAAAUGCACUUAAAAAUUCAGUAGGAGAAAACAUUGAACCUGUGAAAAUUUUAGUGCCUCAAGGAAGUUCAGCAUGUAAAGCAAGUAAUAAUAAUAAUCUAAGCCCUGAACAAAAGAAUCUCAGUGAGGGUUCCUGUAACAAAAAAUCAAAUGUGGUAGACAACAAAUCUGGACAGCUUACAGCUUAUGAUUUAAUUAGCAAUCACGUAAUCAAGAAACCCAUGUCAGCAAGUGACCUUUUUGUCCAAGAUCAUCGUGUUCAGUUUCUCACAGAAAAUCCUAAGACCAGUUUGGAGGAUGCAAUAAUACAAAUUGAAGAACUGUGGAAGACAUUGAGUGAAGAGGAAAAACUCAAAUAUGAAGAGAGGGCUGCUAAAGACUUCGAACGAUACAAUAGGCAAAUCAAGAGAGCCACUGAACAGGAGUCACAAAUCUCAUUAAAAGAUGGCAGAAAAAAGAUAAAACCCACCAGUUCAUGGAAUUUGGCACAGAAGCACAAGUUGAAAACUUCAUUAUCUAAUCAGCCAAAACUUGAUGAGCUCUUUCAGUCCCAGAUUGAAAAAAAAAAGAACCAAAACAUUAAAACAGUUCAGAUUCCCUUUUCUAUGGAAAACUUAAAAGAAAAUUUUGAGAAACAUAAGAAAGUUGAACUAGAAGAGAAGGAUGAACUUUGCUUGAUCCAUAAUCUCAAGUUUCCUGAUGCAUGGCUAAUUACAUCCAAAACAGAAAUAAUGUUAUUAAAUCCAUAUAGAGUGGAAGAAGCCUUGCUAUUUAAAAGACUUCUUGAGAAUCAUAAACUUCCUGUACAGCCACUGGAAAAGCCAAUUACAUUAACAGAGAGUCUUUUUGAUGGAUCUCAUUAUUUAGAGAUUUUAUAUAAAAUGACAGCAGAUGACCAGAGAUGCUUUGAUGGAUCAACUUACCUAUCUGACCCUCGUCUUACAGCGAAUGGUUUCAAGAUAAAAAUGACGCCAGGAGCUUCUGCUGCGGAAAAUCACUUGGAAAUAGAAGGAAUGGCUAAUUGUCUCCCAUUCUACGGAAUGAUGGAUUUAAAAGAAAUUCUUAAUGCUAUAUUAAACAAAAAUGCAAAAGAAGUUUAUGAAUGUAGACCUCGCAAAGUGAUAAGUUAUUUAGAGGGAGAAGCAGUGCGUCUAUCUAGACAGUUACCCAUGUACUUACCAAAGGAGGACAUCCAAGACAUUAUCUACACAAUGAAGCACCAAUUUGGAAAUGAAAUUAAAGGUUCUGGAUUCUGCCAAAUCAGGUUAGUAAUGACAGCAAGUAUUUACCACCUAUUUGCUGGAUACACUAUGGACUUCUAUGAUCUCAUUUGAUCUUCACAACAAAUUUAGGAUUGUAGGUUCUAUUGAGAUUCUUAUCACAGAACUUGCGUUGUUUACCACUAUUAUACUGCCUACAAUGAAAAGUAGGCCUUAAAGAAUCAUUAGGGUCAAACUAAGUAUUUGGGAGGAAAAAACGUAUAAAACACUCCCAAAUGCCACUAAGGAAUGCUAGAUUAACUAGGGGCUGCAAAGUUUUUUCCUAAUGAGAGCCUGGGGUAGUAGUGGUGGGCAGAAGCCCAGCCAGUUCAAUUAAGGCCCCGCCUCCCGGUUCCCAAGGUGGAGGCGGAAGCCCCGCCCCACAAGCUAUAACCCCCACAAGCCCUUGGGUAGCAGCAGCAGGGUGGGAUGAAAUAGCUGGAGCAGGUGGCCACGACAGUGAAACCCUGGCUCCCAGGAUGAAGGGAACGGCCGAUGCAGUCUGGGAAGGGGGGAUUAAGAGCAAGGAGUGGCGAUCCAGAGGGAAAGGACAACCUCACCUCAAGUUGCCCAUUUUCCUUGCUAGAUUGGGACUUGAUAGGGGAGAGUGAAGACUCAAGGUGUGAAUACCCCAAAGUGCUCCGGAGACCUAAUGGUCUUGCUUGGGAUCCCAGCCUAGGCUAAAGCACAGGAAUGACACCAAAGCCUGUAGGCCCCGUUUGGCUGGACUUUGCCUUGAGGGUAGCCACACAUGGUCCAACAAUGCCUAUGAGGUUACAGAUAUUGAACAUACUAAAAAAUGUUAGGCUGGAAUUCAGAGGGACAGAUUUUUGUUAUUUUCAUUGGCUCUUUGAGUCUGACAUUAUCCAGGUUUUGUGGUUGAGAUUUCAGGAAUUGCAAUCCAUCCCACUGCAGCCUACUUUUCUUAACUAAAAAUGUAAACAUGACCUAUUUAUGGGGCACCCAAACGUUGACCUACUAACAUAAAAGCCAAAGUCGUCAAGCACAUUAAAAUGCCACUAUAAAGUACUUAAAUGAACUAUACUUGUUUUUGGAAUAAUCUAGGUUCAUUCAGGCAAACUAAUGUUCAUAGUUGCUAAAAAGAGUCUUUAAAGUGAUCUGAGCUAAACAAUUUUACAGAAGAGAAAAUACAACCCAGAAUGAUUAAAUGAUUUGCCCACAGCUGAGUGCCCACAGCUGCUCUAGUACUCUACAGUUCCACUUCAAAUGUUGAUACUACCAUAAACUAAAAGUUAAGUAGUGAGAGAAAAAUCAUAAACUUUACUGCAAAGCCAAAUUUAAAAUAUGACAAAAUUGUCAACUACUUCUUCAUAAGCAUAAAUAAUCAAGAGUUAACGGUUACCUUAUUCUAGAUCUUUGGCUUGAUCUAAACUAAAAAUUUUUCAUCUUCAGGGCCGGCCGAGUGGCGCAUUGGUUAAUGGUUGGCUUGGGACGCCAGCUCUGAGCAGCAGGGCCCUGGU